CCAUGUUGUCCUCGUCGAUGUCAUGAUGCCGCCACUGUCACAACUCUGCCUCUACACGCCUCCGCUGCCGCCACGCCACUUCCGCCGUCGAACAUCGUCUGCAACUUCUCGUAUGUUCCUCUGUCUCCGCAACAAUAUCAUCAGCCCUUUCGACUCAUCUCCAACAACCUUCCAUUCGCGGCCAACCUGGACUCAACGGACAACCCUCUGCCGCCGACGACUAACUCCGACGACCAUCAUUAUCCACCAACUCGACCUUCCACCAACCCCGAACAAGAAGUUCAUUGAGCGGUUGAGCAAACUUCGGAGUGACCAUCUCCGAUUGAGUGAAAAUGAACGAGAUCUGCAUAAUAGUCCUAAACCUGCCAUGGAGAUGGGCAUUUUUUUUAAAAUUAGAAAGAAUAUGACGGAGGUGCUCGAAGCGAUGGAGCAGAAGAUGUCGAGCGAGGAUGUGACAUGGCCAAAGACGAGGUUUACAGGCCCGACUCGGCCUAGGUCGGAUAUCUACUGUCGUUUUCAUCGGGACUAUGGCCAUACCGUGGAGAAUUGCAGGCAUUUAAAGGAUGAGAUUGAGAGGUUGAUUCAGGCGGGGCAUUUAAAGGAGUUCGUGUAUCAUGAUAAGGUGAAAGGAAGAGGAAGGAGGAGAUGUCGGGAGGAUUCGGAGGAGAGAAGUGAUAGAGGCGAGGAGGGGGAUGAUAGAGAUGGUCGAGACGGUCGAGGGAAGAGGCCGAGGAGAGAUGGAGAGCAAGGGGGUGAAGCUCUUGUGAAAAGGAUAACGGUCUAUAUGAUUUCGGGAGGACCAACGGAUGGCGACUUCAACAAGGCUAGGAAAGAACAUGCUCGAGCUGUGAAGAGAAAGAGGGAGGAGGUUGGAAUCACGGCUCAUAUGCCAGUGAUCAGUUUUAAGGCAGAAAAUGCUGCAGGAGUGGUGUUGCCGCACAAUGAUGCCUUGGUGAUUACUGCGGAGGUGGCAGUAAUGCCGAUGGGCAAGGUGAGUUUGCCGGUGGCGUUGGGAUCAGAAGUGACGAGGAAUGUGUGGAUGGUAAGGUUUGUGGUAGUGGGAGCUGAGUCAUCUUACAAUAUCAUUAUGGGGAGGACGAGCCUAAACGCAUUCCAGGCGGUCGUAUCAACAUACCAUCUGAUGAUAAAAUAUCCGGUGGGCGAAAACAUUGGUGAGAUCGCAGGGGAUCAACUUACCUCGAGGAGUUACUAUCAGACGACGGUGAGCAAUAACACACAAUUGGCAAGGAGGCAGAUCAAGCCGAAGGAGGAGAAGAUUAGUCAACCAGGU